UUUGUCCAGUAAACUUCGUCGCGAUACGUGCGUCGUGUUUUGUCGUGUUCCGUGAGAAAACCACGAUUGUGCAUAAAAAGCAGCGUGAGUGAGAACAAGUUAAAGGGGUUGGGUAUAUCCAGUAGAAGGAAAUCGAUUUGACAUAACGACCACCGGGCUGAUUCAGCUUUGUGAACGAUGUCGAAUCGCUUUGUAACGACUUUUUUGAAAUCUUGCCUUUAGACAAUACCGGUGAAUAAUUUUCGCACAAUAGGCAAAAAGUAUUUUUUAUUAUCGUCGAUCGUUCUACCGUGAAUCACUGCCAAUGUGUAACUCAGCCGACGAUUCUUACGUACAAAAGCUAGGUUAUCUGCAACUUGGGGAUGAACCCGCUGACGCCGGCGGUGCAUCGGGUACCGGUAGGGUCACGGGAUCACGACCUGAGGCCCAGGUACCCGUGUCGAGAAGUACCGUAAGCAGAUCCGAUACCAGAGGCCCUGGUAGACCAGUUGGUGCUAUUGAAAGUUUCAUAGAAAGCAGUACUGACACUUGCAGACAAUCAGUAACUGAUUACAAAUUAUACGAACGUGAAAAUAUAAUUGCUGCAUCGAGGUUUGCCACACCAAAACCCGUGGAGCAAAUCAGUGCCCAGCAACAGCAAAAUCAAAAUCGCAUGAGUCAUCAACAAGCACCGGUGUAUGAAAAUAUCGACUACUAUCCACAACAAAAUCAACCUCAUCCACCGUAUUAUCAUCCAGUAGAAUCUAGAAAGAGUCCUAAGAGUAGUCCUAGAGGUUCUUUAGCGAGCGAAUCCUAUGAACCUACUUUUAGAAAAGCACAACCACAGGUACCCACUGGAAACCGAUAUCAAUCUGCAUCACCAGCAAAAGAAUUACCACCAUACGAAGCACCUCCUGUGUAUGAAAAUAUUCAGGAGGUGCAUUUCCCAGAAAAUACGCAAAAUAAACCAGGUCCACAGGUUCCACCAAAUUAUUAUCAUCCAGCUACAAUUAAUGGUGGUGAUUAUGUUGUCAUGACUGGUAAAGUGGGUCAAGCACAAAAUCAAAGAGGUGGUAUGACACAGAGUUUGUCAUACACCCAACAGAGAGGAAACAAUAUACGUGGCCAAAGUUAUGAUGGCUCAAGUUUACAACGUUGCAUUGAUUCCUCUACAUCAAGGUACUUACAAGGAUCUUCUUCGUCCUUGGAUCAUCAAGCUGGUAGAAGUGCUUAUGUUCCACCGUCUGAACUGCAAACACCGACCAGGAAUUUUAAUUAUAAUUCUGAGCAACAGCAGCAACAUUCUCCUAGAUCUGGGCUUCCCUAUCACAGUGAGUCACCACCGAUACGUUUACCUCCAGAACCGCAUCAUUACCGUGGCUCUCUGGAUAGUUCAAUGACAGCACAGCAUGGGUUUAGAGCCACAAAUCAUAUAGAAAGUAUACAACAACCACAAUAUCGACAGGAUAGCCCCCAAAGUUAUAAACCAUAUAUAGAAUCAACCACAAGAAGUACAAAUGCAAAUAUUACUGGAGACACUCCGGCCAGAAACUCACCUGUUUACGGUGUGAGGCAAGGAGAGCAAUCUGCUUGUCGCAAUUCUCCUUGUUAUUCUCCAAGCAGAGUGUUACCUCCAAAUGAAAGAAAUUAUCAUCAUCAAGAACCUAGAGCAGAAUUUCCUGCCAGAAAUUCACCAAUUUAUUCCUCAAACAGAUCAUCAGAACACUUAAGAUUAAGUAAUUUGCAAAAUGACAGGAGCUUUGUUCAGGAUGUACCUGAUCCUUCUGAAGUAUCAAAACCGUCACCUAUAUAUUCACCUAGCCGUAGUGAUUCUUCCAGAAUUAUAGCCAACAGCAAUAGUGCAAGGGGGUCACCAAAAACAAGUCCAACCCACAAUCAAGUAUCAUCCGAUAUAGUCGCACAAAACGUGAUUAAUUCACCAAGACACGUGUCACCGUCUUCAACAAACAAUAUUAUUGGAAGCCCUCUACGUGGUCAGGUACAAACACCAGUGACCACUGGUGCACCAACCACCACAGAAUCUGAUCCGAAUGUUCAUGGGCCUAGAAUCACCAGUCUCCCUCCAGGGGUGACCAGUGGUGUGGCCGGACCAGUCUUUUUAAAUGCCGGUGUACCUGUACUACAAAGGCCAUCCGAACCCGAACUCGAGGAAAGAAAAUCAGUCAGUCCACCGAUCAAACCGACGUCUGGCAAAGGAUUACUACCCUACAAUGUCAUACCACCUAGACCUUCCGGACCCACCGAAGCGGAGAGAAAAAUAGAAGAACUAACAAGACAGUUGGAAGAGGAGAUGGAGAAGCAAGAAGAGGAGGGGGAAUACUUCGGUAUCUGUCACACAUGCGGUGAAAAAGUGACCGGGGCAGGUCAGGCCUGUCAAGCCAUGGGCAACCUUUAUCACACAAAUUGC